UUCAUUGUCACCAUCACCAUCCACGCUGCUUGAGCUUGCUCCAAAACAUAGCAGAGCUUCUGAAAACGAUUCCUGAUUUCGAUAACAAUAGCUCAUAUAAUAGCAGGAAGAAGGAGAGCAGGAAAACGACCCCAAUUAGGAGUCUAAGUGUCAAAUGGUACUUACGUAAGCAUGCCGCGGGCAUCGAAUCCUUACGGAAACAUAGCUCUGGUAAUUCCAGUCGGUUGAAGCGGUCGGGCUUGCUGUCGAAGCAGAUGAGAAUGUCGUACGCGAAGAAGAAGAGAAAAUGUUGGAGGCGAGGAUGACCGUCUAGAGAAGGGGUAAUCGGGCUUGGUGAGAGCGGGGAGAGAGGAUAAGGGCGGCGAAUGAGAGCCCUGUUCAGAUUGAACGAAAGUCGUUUUCUUCUACGGCUUCGUUUUGGCGGAUAUCAAUAGAGCAAAAAUGGCGGGUGCGCGCUUUGACCUAAUCUUUGCUCGCCGGUAAGAGAAUCGCAAGCAAAAGGGGGAAAUGGCUUUCGCGGCGAAUCCUUUGUCUGUAAGCGUUCCCGACGAAGCAUUCGAGUCCUGGCUCCGGGAUUCCGGCUACCUUGAACUCAUCGACCAACACUCCUCCUCCACGGCCGCCACCACCGUCAACUUCACCUCAACCAGCGACACGGCGGCGGAGGCAGCAACCAACGAUCUCGACCACGCAUCGCCGACCGGUGGAUUCUUUUUCGAUUCCUUGUUUCCCGCCAUCUCCGUCCUUCUCUCCGUCUUAUCAACCAACCCUUUCUCGAAGCUCUCCGCCGCUGAUUUCUCCGCUCCGACUCCUUCCUGGACCGGGGCCUUCAUCGGGGAUUGCGGGUCCUACUCGUUUCCAUCCGGAUCGCAUCAGGCCAGGAUCCGGGUUACGGAGAAUGUAAAGCGUUAUGCCAGGAAUUACGCAACUCUCUUCAUCGUCUUCUUCGCCUGUUCUCUGUAUCAAAUGCCACUGGCUCUCGUCGGAUUGAUUUCGUGUUUGGCUGUUUGGGACAUGUUUAAGUUUUCUAAUAAAAGAUGGGAAUGGGAUAGGUACCCUGUACUUCGACAAGUCUUGGUUCGCGCUGCACAAUGUGCAACUGCAGUUGUUUUGAUAAUCCUGAAUGUUCAAAAGGCUCUCCUGUGUGCUAUUGCGGUCAGCUACGCAGUCACAAUUUUGCAUGCCACCUUUCGUAAAUUGACUCCGACCUCAAGGCAGCCUCCCAAGAAAAGGUAGUACAGGUUUCCAAGAAUGGAAUGCGGAAGAAAGGCGAGGAACAGCUAUGUAGAUGGAAACUUGAUACUUAAUAGUUAAUUCAUUAGGCACAUUCGAGUGUAUGUAUUCACUGGAAGUAUACAACAAACACGAUUUCUUGUGCAUCCAAAAUCCGUAGUGUACAAAUGGUGCAUUCAAUUUUAUAUCAGAGGUUGUAAUCUGUUCUUUCUAUACACAUGUCAGAUCUGAGUCGAACAAUUGAAGUUUCUACAAAUAACUUCUAUUGCGUGUAAAAUUACAGAAUACUUACGUUGCACAACAAGGUUAGCAGCUCGACAA